AUGAUUAAAAUAAUAUUUUUGGCUUUAUUAUUAAUACUCAUAAGCCUUUCCAUUUAAAACGAAAUCGCCUAAACUGAAAAAAAUGUAUAUUUACUUACAGACGAGAACUUUUAGAAUACUAUAGCCUCUAAAUAAUUUAUCUUAGUGAAAUUUUACGUAAGCUGGUGUGGAUUUUGUAAAUUAAUUGAAUCUGAUUAUUAGAAAAUAGCUGAUUAUUUAAUUAAAGAAUAAGCCAAUAAUAUCGCAGUAGCAUAAAUAGAUGCAGAUUUGUAUCCUUAAUUAGUAGAAAAAUAUAAUGUUUAAGGAUACCCUACUUUAAAAUUAUUCUAAAACGGAGAUUUGGACAAUCCAGUUGAUUAUGAAGAAGAAUUUGGGAUUUAAAAUGUCUUGACUUGGCUUAGGAAAAAAAAUGGAAAAGUUAGUAAUGAAAUAGUUACAAUAGAAGAUUAUUAAAACUUUAUAUAAAAAAAGAAAGUAAGCUUAGUUUAUAUUGGAUAAAGUAAGCAUGAUAAACAAUGGUUUACUUUUUCAUCAAUAGCCUAAAACUAUCACGAUAUAUCAUUUUAUAAUAUAUUUAAUCCCGAAACAAAAUUAUUUCAUUUUAAAAACAUCACAGACAAUAGUUAAUUAACUUUAGAAGAUAUAGAUAAUUAAAAAACUUAAUUAGUUCUUUUCAAAAAAUUCGAAGAACCUUAUUUAAUAUAUGAUAAUGCUUUUACAUAUUCUUAAAUAACUAAAUUUUUAGAAGUAUAUGCCUAUUCUUUAGUAAUGCCUUUUAACGAUCAUGCCAUAAGGAAAUUAUUCAAAAAACCCUAUACAGUAGGAAUAAUUCUUUUUUCAAUCAGAAAUGAAUAAUCUUUAUAAGCAGAGGAAGCCUUUAAAUAAUCCGCUUAAGAGAAUAGGGGGAAACUUUAAUUCUUUUUAUCCCAUCCAGAUGACGGAUUUGGGAAAUUCGAAAGAUUGGCAGAACAUGUAGGCAUUGAAACAAUAAAAUCGCCCCAAAUUAUAAUUGUAGAAAGCAAGAAUUCAGGUGAAAUUGUGAAAAAAUUCCUAUAUACCUCCGCCUAAGUAAAUACUUAGGAAAUUAAUACAUUUAUUUAAAAUUUCUUAGAUUAAAAAUUACCCAUUUAUUAUAAAAGCGAAGAUAUAUAUAAUAAUAAUAACUAACCUGUUAAAUAAUAUGUAGGAAAAGACUUUAAAUAAUAAGUACUUAUUUCCGAAAAUAAUGUUUUGGUAAAAUUUUAUGCUCCUUGGUGUGGGCAUUCUAGAUAAUUAGCACCUAUUUAUUUAAAAAUAGCUGAAAAGUUUUCAUAUUUGAAAAAUUUGGUUUUCGCUAAAUAUGAUUAUACAACUAAUGACUAUCCAGGACUAGUUAUUAAAGGAUUCCCUACUUUAAAACUCUAUUUAUAAGGAAGAAAAAAUGCGCCAAUAGAAUAUGAAGGAGAAUUAAAUGAAGAAAGUAUUGAUAGUUGGAUUUAAUAAUUUUUAAAAGGGUAAUUUUAUACUUUUUUUAUUUAUAUUAUUAAUUUUAAAUAUUUAGAGCUAGUAGUGUUAAAAAAGAAGAUCUUUGAAAAAAUAAAGAAAAAAAAAUAAUAUUUUAUAUAUUUUUAUGUGUUUGUUGAUUAGAAUUUUUCUAUUUAUAUUUAAAAUAUAUAAUAAUUAUUUAAAUAAAAAAUAAAAAUAAAAUAUAUUAUUGAUAAAUAUAAAAAGAUAUAUAUAAAUAUAUAAAUAUAUAAAUAUAUAUAUAUAUAUAUAUAUAUAUAUAUAUAUAUAUAUAUAUAAAAGAUCUGUUUUUACUUGUUGCUCUAUCUUUAUCACUCCUAUAUUGUAUUUUGUAUAUAAAUUAAUCCUUAAAAAGAAGGAAAUUAACCUGAUAAAAAAGAAGUAGAAUAUUUACCAUAUGGAUGA